AUGCCCGCCGCCAAAAAGAUUCCGGUCAAUCAAAUUGGGCAAGUGUUCAACAAACUGCUGAAACAAAUCGGAGAAUCGGAGGAUUUCGAAUUGCCGGAUUGGUUGAACAAAGAGAAACCUGCUGCUCCUUACAUCUUCAUCCGGCGGAAUAUAUACUUGACGAAGAGAGUCAAAAGAAGGAGUGAGGAUGAUGGAAUAUUCUGUUCUUGUUCCUCCUUGUCCCCUGAAUCUGUUUGUGGAAGUAAUUGCCAUUGCGGGAUGCUAUUCUCAAGCUGUUCGUCUAGUUGCAAGUGUGGGAGUGAGUGUAGCAAUAAGCCGUUCCAACAUCGUCGUGUCAAGAAAAUGAAGUUGAUUCAGACAGAAAAAUGCGGAUCAGGGAUUAUAGCAGAAGAAGAAAUCAAGCAAGGAGAGUUUAUCAUUGAAUAUGUUGGAGAAGUGAUAGAUGAUAAGACUUGUGAAGAGAGGCUUUGGAAGAUGAAACACUGCGGCGAGACGAAUUUCUACUUGUGUGAGAUAAACAGAGAUAUGGUGAUUGAUGCUACACACAAGGGGAAUAAGUCGAGAUAUAUCAAUCAUAGUUGCAAUCCUAAUACUCAGAUGCAGAAAUGGAUAAUUGACGGCGAGACAAGAAUUGGAAUUUUUGCCACCUCUGACAUAAGCAAAGGAGAGCAUUUGACUUAUGACUAUCAGUUUGUUCAGUUUGGUGCAGAUCAAGAUUGCCAUUGUGGGGCCGUAGGUUGCAGAAGGAAGCUUGGUGUGAAACCUAGCAAGCCUAAGUUAGCCUCUGAAGAAGCUUUUGAUAUAGUGGCAUGUGAAGUGUCCGGGACACUGCCCAAGGUGCAUCAAAAUGAAGCUAUACAUGAAGGAAAAUCAUGGAACAAAAUUAGUCAAGGCCAAAUAUGUCCUCGCAAUUGCGUUGGUGUGGUGAUCAGGUUAUCUCGCCCCACGAGUGAUAGGUGUUUUGGCCUCAUUAGACAUUUUGAUGAGUAUUCAAGAAAGCACUCGGUGAUGUUCGAGGAUGGUAUUACCGAGUUUAUCGACAUGUCAAGAGAAGACUGGGAGAUUGUAACUGCUUAA